UGUUACACGGGGAAAAGGGAAGUGGGCAUUAACAAAAAGUAAUUGUAUAAUUUUACCACAUAUCUACUGUUGCAAUGGCUCGGAUGAAUGUAGAACAAUGGGUGGAUGUGAAAGGAGAUGCAGAGCAGCAGACGGGUUUAAUGAGGGAAGAGCACAGAGGUUAUCCACAAAGUAUAGCACUUCUGGAUAACAGUGAUCCACGUGCCUGGCUCGAUCCAACGCUGCAAGGCACCUGCACGGCACACUCCGAUUACCUUCUGCACUCACCCGGCUCGUCUGCAGAGCGCACACAGCAAGAUACAGACAACAGCAAGGAGCUAAGAAAAAUAAACAAUAACUCCGGGAAAGUGAGAGGCCUCUGCAAACUCAAGGGUGUCGGAUUGGACGAUACAGGUUGCAGACAGAGAGCCCUUUCCAGUAAGCCGGUUAAUGGAGUCCAAAAGCAGAGGAGGAUGGCAGCAAAUGCCCGAGAGAGGAGGAGGAUGCACGGUCUGAACCAUGCCUUUGAUGAACUACGUCGUGUCAUCCCGUCAUUUGACAAUGACAAGCAACUUUCCAAAUACGAGACUCUUCAGAUGGCGCAAAUAUACAUCAAUGCCCUUUCCGAUCUUUUACAAGUUCCCACAGAUCAGGUAAAAAACGACUAUAGAUCUGCCUUGGAGGGCACAGGUUCCAAGUUUUCCUUUUCAAACUGCAGUAGGUUUGCAGCAACAGGUUAUCCCAUGCAACCGAAUACAACGCAGUUCCCGUUUGAAGACGGUACCUUUUCAGCAAUGAUGGGACAAGAGACACUUUCACCAUCACCUACAGUAAAGUCUGGUUCAGAGAACAGCAACGCAUCCCCGAGGUCUAAUAGAAGUGAUGGGGAGUUUUCGCCUCAUUCACAUUUUAGUGAUUCCGACGAGGCAAAUUUAGAGUUACAAAGCGAAGAUGAACUUUCUGAACUCAAACUCCAGAACCACACCAUGUUCUAAACCACAAAUGAACAAACAAAAAGCAUUUAUAAUUUGUAUUUUGUACACCACUUUGAUUCUUGUACUAGUGCCCACAUUAAAAGUUUUUUUUAUAUAUAUAUAUAGUUUACAUGUUUAUUAUAUUUUUAAAUGUUUGUAUUGUACACACUCUUUUUUGUUGCCGUUUUCUGUAAUAUUUUUUGCAAUAUUGUUGCCUGUAUUUUGCCCUGUUGGCGUAGAAAAAGUACUUUUGCCAUGACAUUGAACACCUAUAUGUUUAUUAUUGGCUCUCCAAAAUAUAUAUUUUGUAAUGACUGUCUUCCAAAUAUGG